GAUCAUACUCAUCGCGUAUGUGCUUGCAAUUACAAUUCAUUGUUCAUCCCCCCCCCAAGUGUCGUAAUAUUAGUAUAAGUAAGUAGGUAUCGAUAAAACUCGCGUGUAGUCUUAAGGAUAGCCAUGAAGACGAGGAUACUGGCUGGACUGUGGCUACUCCUGCUCAGCUACGUCUUUGCCUCGACCAGCGACAGCGAUGGUGACGCGCUCGUCUUCACGGUGGCGACCAACGAGACGGAGGGCUUCCGGCGCUUCGCGCGCUCCACCGAGGUGCACGGCUUCCGGGAUCAGCUGCGCGUGCUGGGCCUCGGCCAGGCCUGGCGCGGCGGGGACGUCAAGCGGUACGCCGGCGGCGGCCAAAAGGUCAAUCUCUUCCGCGAGGCGCUCGAGGAGUACAAGGACGACGCCGACAAGGUCGUUUUGUUCACGGACAGCUACGACGUGAUAUUCCUGGCCGGACUGGACGACGUAGUGCGCAAGUUCAAGGAGUGGGACGGCGGCGCGAGGGUCGUCUUUUCCGCGGAGGAGUACUGCUGGCCCGACGCCAAACUGGCCAGCGAGUAUCCCGAGGUGAAGCGCGGCAAGCGCUACCUCAACUCCGGUGGCAUCAUCGGCUACGCGAACGACCUUUACGGCAUACUGAACAGCGCCGAGAUCGAGGACGCCGAGGACGACCAGCUUUUUUACACGAGGGCGUAUCUGGACCCGGUGCUGAGGCAGAAGCACGGGAUCAAGCUCGACCACAAGUCCGAGAUCUUCCAGAACCUCAACGGCGCCGUUUACGACAUCGAGCUGCGCUUCAAGGGUAACGAGGCGUACGUCCAGAACACGGCCUACAACACGGUGCCCUUGGUCGUCCACGGCAACGGGGGUAGCAAGCUGCUGCUCAACUCCCUCGGGAACUACGUGGCGCGCGCCUGGAGCCCCGAGGAGGGCUGUCUCGGUUGUUGGGACGACACGAUCGAGCUCGACCCUCAGCGUCCCGAAGAGUUCCCCGUGGUGCUGGUCGCCGUGUUUAUCGAGAAACCGACGCCCUUCCUCGAGGAGUUUCUCCACAAAAUCCGCGACCAGCGGUAUCCCAAGGAUCGGCUGCAUCUCUUUGUUCGCAACAACGUGGCCUACCACGACGACUUUGUCCAAGAUUUCGUUCGGGAGGUUGGCCAAGAGUACAGGAGUCUCAAGCAGAUCAAGCCGGAUGACGAGUUUUCCGAGGUGGACGCGCGCAAUUUGGCGAUGGACUACUGCCUCUCCGUCAAAUGUUCUGGCUACUUCUCCAUAGACUCAGAGUCGCAGUUGGACAACGAAAACACUUUGAAACUGCUGGUGGAGCAGCAGCGGUUAAUCGUUGCACCCCUGCUCGUGCGACCUUUCAAGGCCUGGAGCAAUUUCUGGGGAGCUAUUACCGACGAUGGCUUCUACGCGCGUAGUUCGGAUUACAUGGACAUCAUUGACAACGAAAGAAGGUAAAUUGCAUUUCGCAUACAAUUUUAGUGUAAAUCGAAAAGUUGAAAAACUAAUUAAAACUCGAAAGGGCUGUUUGUGGAGUCGUCAUUGCACAUUACCAUGCGAUUUUUGAGACAGGGUUGAUUGAGAAAAAGUCUACUUUCUAACAUAAUAUAGUCUCUACGUGAGAGCAAUACAUUUUUUUUAAUAAUAAUUACAUAAACUAAAGAAACUCGUCCACAGUCGUCUUAUUGAAUCUUUUUUUCACACAGUGCAAUGUACUCGAACGAAA